AUGGCUCAGCCUUCAUCCAAUCACCUCGGAUCUCCUGGGCUAACUCUUCCACGCUCUAUUCGACACCGCGCGGCCAACCUCAGCGAGAGCGAGAUCAGUGUCCUCGACCUUGGUCCUAGUCUACAACCCAGUCUGAGAACUACUCCUACUCCCAUCUCACGAAUUCGUCGCAAUGGAGUCUUGAUGAGUGAAAAUCCCGCUCUAUACACUGCUCUUGCUAGCCUUGCGACAGACGAUGACGGAAAUGAACAGCGGCUGUGCACUGACGACCUGGAAUCUGAGGCUGUGAGCUCUGCCAGUGAAGUCUCCAACCCACACCCUCUCAGUCACCGCCAGCGCCGCCAAAAUAUCAUUAUUUCACGUUGUCCUGGACCAGUCAGUUUUGGUCCUCGACCUGUUCGACAACUCCGUGACAGCCGCGUAGCUUCCUCCGGUGAUGUUCAGAACCUCGGGCACGGUUACGGAUAUGGAUAUGGCUAUUCGAUGCGGGAAAAUCAUCUUUACUUUUCCGAUGAGUCCAACGGCCACAUCAUGGCCGGGUCUGUUCCGCACUCUCCACGAUCGCCUCCUGCACCCCUUCGUCGUGUGCUCUACCCGGUGGACUAUUACAUUGUACUCGCCCCUGAACAGUCGAAUUUGCGCAACGUCGAGCAGGCAAAUGACGCGACUCCCGGAGACAGCUCCGCAAACCCUCUGGAUGUGGAUGAGCAACGUCGGCAGUCGGAGACUAGUUGA